GAUUCAGUGAGAAAACCUGUUCAGCAUAAAAUAAUUGAAUAGCUGAUAGCAUUUAAAACUCAAACAUAGCCUUGUGCUGAACAUAUUGACAAGGGAUUUUGCAAUGCUGUUUAUCCUGAGACCUAUAGUUUGGGCUGAUCAUUGCAAAAACGCCUACUGACACUGUGUGCAGAAUGUCCUCCAAUUUAACUCUUUCCCUUCGCUCCAACUCCAAAAUCUCAAUGUACCAUGAGAAAACGACAUUGGACAUUGUCUUCUACACCAUCAUUGUUAUCCUCGGAACCACUGGGAACUCUUUGGUCAUCUGGGUGGCUGGCUUGCGCAUGAAACCCACCGUUACAAAUGUUUGGCUGGUCAAUCUCGCUGUAGCAGACCUGAUCUUCUGCUUGACACGAGCUAUUUCUCUCACCAGAAAGCUUUUCUAUGACCACUGGCCUUUUGGAGUUUUUCUGUGCAAGUUCAAUGCUUUCUUCAAGUAUGCCAACAUGUUCUGCAGUGUUUUUCUUCUGGCCGUCAUCAGUGUGGAUCGAGCGCUCUGCGUCUGGUGUCCAGUGUUCACCAGAAAACGACGGACGUUAUGUGCCACUCGUGUGGUCAGUUUGGGAGUUUGGAUUGUGGCGUUGAUGUUCAGCUCACCAUACUUUGUGUACCGGCAGGUCCUCCCUGACGAGAACAACUUGAGCUACUGCUCAUUCAAGGAGGAAGAAGCAGCAGAGGGUGGGAUUUCUGCAAAGUAUGUCUACUACUGCAUUCGUUUCAUCUGUGGAUUCUUGUUGCCCUUUCUGGUCAUCCUUAUCUGUUACAUACUAGCUGCUGUUAGGAUAUGCAGAAUGCGGCUCUCUGGAAAAUCGAGGCCUCUUCGAAUUCUUGCUGUAUUGGUCUGUGCCUUUUUCUUAUGUUGGGCUCCAUACCACUUUCUAGGGCUAGUCAAGUUGAUGAACAAAGACCACAAGGCAGUGAAAGAAGGAUGGACUAUGGCUUCAAACUUAGCUUAUUUCAACAGCUGUGUGAACCCAGUUCUGUAUUUCUGCAUGGGACUGGAUGUUAGUCAACGCUGCAACCAAAGUUUGUCUGGGAUUUUUCAGAGAGCACUUAUGGAGGAAGACCAAAGUCUCUCACAGCAAAGUACUAGAGAAGAAAGCUUAAAUUUCAUUCCAAAGACUGCAAACACUGAGUUAGUCACUAAAGCUGAAGAGAUUAAUAUCUAGAUUUAUAUCUAACAAAAUGUAAAGUUAAUGCUUGAAUAUGUAGAUGGAGCCUUUAUGAAAAUAUUGCAAAAUACUAGUAAUUUGUAAUAUAUGUCAUGUUUUUUAUACAAAUGUUUAUGUCAAUCGUACAAUUUUAUGAUCAGCUAUAUUUGCUAAUUUUAAUGUUAAUGUUAAUUUGUUUAUAAACAGGAUGACAUUGGCCGGAAGAGAAAACGGAAAUUACUUGUAGCCUUAUAUGGGGUAAAGGGCAGGAUUGCA